AUGGCAGAGGGACAGGACGAACCCAAAAAAAUUACUAUUACAGUGAAAACACCAAAAGAAAAACAGCAAGUAGAGAUUGAUGAGGAUGCUGACGUUAAAAAACUCAAGGAUGUGUUGUCCCCUAAAUUCAGUUCGGAACCUGAGCAGUUGUGUCUCAUAUUUGCCGGGAAGAUCUUGAAUGAUGCCGACACCCUUAAACAGCAUAAUAUUAAAGAUGGUCUGACAGUCCACCUCGUGAUAAAAACGCCUCCAAGACCAGAACCAGAAGGCGCGACAAGACGCCCUCCAGCUGAUGUUGGAGCUACACCUUUUGGUUUGAAUUCUUUGGGUGGUCUAGCAGGCUUAGAAAGCUUGGGUCUAGGUCAAAGUACCUUUAUGGAUUUGCAGGCUCGGAUGCAACAGGAGCUUCUGUCAAACCCAGACAUGUUACGACAAGUUUUAGACAACCCGCUGGUGCAGCAGAUGAUGAAUGACCCCGAAAAUAUGCGUACACUCAUUACAUCGAACCCACAAAUGCAAGACUUAAUGGCACGAAACCCUGAGAUUAGUCACAUGCUGAACAACCCUGAACUGCUGCGCCAAACAAUGGAGCUAGCACGUAAUCCCGCCAUGUUGCAAGAGCUCAUGCGCUCUCAUGACCGCGCCCUCUCCAACUUGGAAAGCAUACCUGGUGGCUACAACGCUUUACAACGCAUGUACAGAGAUAUUCAGGAGCCCAUGUUAAACGUAGCAAGCAGUAUGGCAGGCAACCCGUUCUCUGGAUUGGUGGAUAAUUCUGACGGCACGAACCCCCAGCAAGGCGCGGAGAAUCGCCAGCCGCUGCCCAACCCCUGGCAGCGCGGCGGGGGCGCGGCGGGCGGCGCGGGCGGGGCGGCGCCUGGUGCUGGGGCCGGGGCCGGCGGCGCCACGGGCCCAGGGCUCAUUAACACGCCGGGCAUGCAGUCGCUUUUGCAGCAGAUGUCAGAAAAUCCACGACUCGUACAAUCUAUGUUGUCGGCUCCGUAUACUAAUACUAUGCUUCAGGCGCUCGCCGCAGAUCCUGACAUGGCCUCGCAGCUCAUUAACCAGAACCCGAUGUUUGCGAACAACCCUCAAUUGCAAGAUCAAAUCCGCACUAUGAUGCCGCAAAUGCUCUCACAACUACAAAAUCCUGAGAUGCAACAAAUGAUGUCCAACCCACAGGCUCUGAACGCUCUCCUUCAAAUCCAGCAAGGCCUGGAACAGCUGCGAAGUGCCGCUCCGAACUUAGUGAAUAACCUUGGACUGGGAGUGGGUGCAGCAACUGCAACCCCUCCAACACAACCCCCACCUACAACACAGCCCAACAGCCAAGCACCGCGACAACAGCAGAACUCUGAGCUAUUUACACAGUUUAUGCAGCGAAUGAUGUCGGCGAUGUCGAACAAUCAGACCAAUCCGCAACAGCCCCCUGAACAACGUUACUCGCAACAGUUGGAACAACUCACCGCCAUGGGUUUCCUCAAUCGUGAAGCGAAUUUGCAAGCUCUGAUCGCGACGUUUGGUGACGUGAACGCAGCUGUAGAAAGGCUACUAGCUCUGGGCCAGUUGUCUAUGAGCUAA